AUGGAUAUACCAGCAUGGCAUCUUGCCACGAAUCCUCUGGCUGCUGUUGGUGUACAAAGUGGCUAUGUCUACAGUAGAGACCCUGAAGAGGAAGAUCAGCUUCCCUUUAGCAGCCUGAAGGAGGAGUUCAGAGUUUUUCAUAUAAGAGAGGCACUAGUCUACCAAGGCUCUGGAGAUUCCAGACCACAACAGCCGCAAGCUCUGCAACACUUGAACGAAGCCGGAUUUUGUGAUCCUGAUAAUGGAAAAGGCCGCUUGGAGGUUAUAUGUCACAGCCCCUGUUUCCACCCAGGAAAAUCCGCACAGCCAAGAGAGAGCUGGAAAGGGCUGGUUCGGCCAUUCCAGAAGAGCAGAGCCAUCACUAGCAAACUGCGCAGGAGCUGCCUUUCCAUGCGGAUCCACGCUGCCACUCUGCCUGAUGUCACCGCUUACCAGCCUGUGCCCAAAUGCCAGUCCAACGCACCGAGGACGCAGCCCGCCCAGGUUUCCUUCACCCCGGCGCCGGGAUACCACGAGGCCUGGAAACUGCAGCAGCGGAAGACGCGCGCCAAGCCCCGGGCGAGGACCUCUCCUCCUCCGCCACCACCCGUCUUCGAGAUCUCAACCCGAAACCGCUUCGCUCCUCUCCGUGAGACGGCACACGACGCGCUGGUCAUCGGAGACUCCAUUGUCCGGCACAUGCGUGCUACCACAGCUAAAGGUAAGGCGUACACGCGCUGUUUACCUGGUGCACGUGUUCUUGAUGUUGCUGCACAGGUGCCUGCGGCCCUGAGGAAGAACAUUCGAGCUGUGGUUCUUCAUGCUGGCACCAACGACAUCAGGCUGAGGCAGACGGAGAUCCUAAAGAAGGACUUCAGGAGCCUGGUCGAGAAGGUCCGCAGCACAUCACCCACGACAAAGAUCGUCGUAUCUGGACCACUUCCGACAUUUCAGAGAGGAAUCGAGAGGCUCUACCGCACAGAUGGCCUGCACCCUAGCAGAGCUGGAGCAGCGGUCCUCUCUGACAACAUCUCCAGGACAUUACGAACCAUCUGACUUGCGGUAAGUCAUACCUCAGAUUCUUUAGAUAUCAGCCACAAUACAACUCACCAUACUAAUAGACGCACACACAUAGCUUGUACUAUAGAAACUGUGUCUGUUCCCCGAAUAGUGAGAAAAAAGAAUAAAUUCGUUAAAUCCAGCCGAAACAAUCUGGUAACCAUUAAACCAGAAAAAGGCCAAAUAAGUAAUCGAAGUCUACCUCUAAAGUUUGGACUUCUCAACAUUAGAUCCCUUACGCCUAAAGCACUUAUUGUUAAUGAAAUGGUAUUAGAUUAUUGCCUUGACGCACUCUGCCUCACUGAAACCUGGCUUAAACCAAAUGAAUACAUUGGUCUGAAUGAGUCUACUCCGUCAGGAUAUUUUUAUAAGCACGAGCCCCGUCUAAUUGGUCGCGGUGGUGGUGUCGCCACUAUCUACAAAGAUGUACUCACUGUUACUCAGAAAAUAAGGCCCAGGUUUAACUCAUUUGAAGUGCUCGUCAUUAAUGUUGCACUUAAUGAAAUACAUAAUAAACCCGCGCUAUAUUUUACUCUGGCCACCGUGUACAGACCCCCAGGGCCAUAUGCCGAUUUUCUAAAAGAAUUUGGACAUCUGCUAUCAGACCUAAUUGUUAACUCUGACAAAGUGUUGAUAGUAGGUGACUUUAACAUUCAUGUAGAUGAUGCUAACGACACUUUAGCCCUCGCAUUUAUGGACUUACUAAAUUCCUUUGGGGUUAAACAAA